AUGAAGACAUCACUCACUGUGCUUGGAACUGGGAAAUUGUUUUGGGGCUUCUUCCUAAUUCCUCAUGUAGGCAUUUGGAGUAUCAAUGGAGACAAGUCAUGUGAUAUACAACUUUACAUUAAGAAAUAUUCCAUGUUUGUUGUAUCAUCAGGGGACCCAUUUGAACUGGAAUGCCCUAUGAAAUAUUGUGCUAAUAGACCUGCUGUGACCUGGUGCAAGCUUGAAGGAAACAAUUGUUUACAUCUUGGUGACAGACUUCAGGGGUCUAUGGGUUGGGAAGAAAGGAAGCUUAUUUCAGUUUUUAUUUUGCAUUUUAAUCAAGUGCUUGCUAGUGACAGUGGGUCAUACCGCUGUUUUGUGAACUCUUCAUCUGGAUUCAUUGAAAGCCACUCAGUUACCAUUAAUGUGACAGAACGGACUCAAAAUAAUUCAGAGCAUCCUCUUAUAAAUACGAAGAAUGCCUCAAGACCACUCUCCAAGGAAGAGAUGGUAGCCCGACAAUGGAUCCUUUAUAGUUUGCUUCCUUUGGGGGCUUUACCUCUGCUUAUUACCUGUUUCUACCUAUUCUGCUGCCUUAGAAGGCACCGAGGGAGACAAAAGAAGCUUUCUAAUUCAACAGGAAGGGAUACUAACCUGGUUGAUGCCCCCCAGUUCUUUAGGAGUGAGCCAUCUGAAGUCAACAUCAUGGAAAGUUCCCAAACAUUGCAUUUGGAAACUGGAAUUUAUGAUAACGACCCCUGGUUCAGGGUCCGGAGAGAGUCUGGGGUUUAUUUUAACCUAAGUCUGGAAGAAAACAAACAGGGCAUUGUUUAUGCUUCCCUGAAGCAUUCGGUCAUUGGAAUGAACCCAAGACAGGCAACAAAUGUGCAAGAAGCACCUACGGAGUAUGCAACCAUAUGUGUGAGGAGUUAA